UGGUCCCUCAAAUUACAAGGCUAUAGGUUCAAGAUAGAACACCGAAAAGGGUCAUUGAAUGUUGUCCCGGAUAGCCUGUCACGCCAAAACUUCGACGAAAUCGCUGAUCUUGAAGUCCGUCCGCUCGUUGAUCUGAAGUCGUCCGAGUUUUUGUCAGAAAAGUACGAGAAAUUAAUUAGUCACGUCCGAAAUAAUGAAAGCCAUCUUCCCGGCCUACAAAUAAUGGAUAACCAUAUUUACAAACGCAAUGAACACCCCAAUGGUGAUCCCGAUUGCGAAGCUUUUAACUGGAAACUUUGGAUUCCAAAAACUUUAGUUCGUCCGGUCAUUGAAAAUGCCCAUUGUCCACCAAAUAAGUGUCAUGGAGGUAUAGCUAAAACCUUGCAGCGUUUAUGGCUUAAUUUUUACUGGCCUAAUAUGUCUGCCG